UGUAGUGAAAAGUUUACACAAAAGCAAAACAUGAAUUUUAUUAGUCGAAUUAUAGUACGGCCUCAGUUCGUUCAGUUGGUUAACAACCGUUCGUUAGUUUGUCGCCACAAUCCGCUAGUUGCUGUUCAAAAUGCGGCUCUAUUUUCAUCGAAAACAGUCAAGUCUGAUGAGGCAGGCAAAGGUGAUGCGAGCAAUACCACGCGCAAGCCAAAAACGUCACCGAAAGUUACGCUAAUUUCAUCGGACGAAUCCAUAUCGAUCGUGAAUCUGGACGAAGCAGUAAAAAUAUCGAAUAGGCGUAAUUUGAAAUUGGUAAAAAUCUCCGAUCUGGACACAAAAACACAGCGGCCUGUGUACAGAAUGAUGUCUGGUGCAGAAUAUCUUACCGAAGACCUCAAACGCCGUGAAGAGAAGAAAAAGAACAAACAGGACGCGGCCGUCAAGGGCGACAAGCUGCUGACCAUAAGCUCGCGUAUAGCCGAGCACGAUCUGACGUCGAAAAUACAGAACGUUCUGAAGUGGUUGAACAAAUCGUUCGAGGUUCGCGUGGUGAUUACGGGUGACGGUGCUGGUAACAAGGCCAAACAGGAGGACAUUGUGCAGCGGUUCGAGGCGAGCGUCAAGGAUUCCGGCAAAAUUGUGCAGAAGCGUCUGCGAGACAACGAUCUACGGUUCAACAUUCUUCCAUCUGGAGGGGGUGGUGGUGUGUUAAGCGGAAAGAAGGGACUGCUGGAUGUGAAUGAUGCAAAAGCAGCCAACGAUUCCCAAGCAGUACGUGGUUUCCAUACCGAGUGUCGUUCGAUGGCGUGACAAUCACAGUGCGGGGAAAGGAAGCAACAAUUGGCCUCCGAAAAGAAGGACACUUGUAUCACGAGAUGCAAGAUAACCGGGUGCGUCGCUUUGUUUCUGUUCGCCAAAUAUGCUUUCUGGACCUACUUGCUCAGGGAUCAAAGAUGAUCAUUUUUAUAUAUUUUUUUAUUUCUUAAUGAGUAGAUUGUAUAAUUCUUCGAGUGUAAAAUAAAUCAAGUUUUGUGACGAUUGA